AUGAAGCAAUCAAAUAAAUUGGAAACUUGGGGAAAUGAAAUGACCAUGAAUUUGAACAACAUUUUAUACCAAAACAUUCAAGCUUCACCUUAUUUCAAACAACUUUAUGAAUUGAAAACUUAUCAUGAAGUUAUAGAUGAAAUUUAUAAUCACGUUGAGUCUCUUGAACCUUUCCUUAAAGGAACAACUGCGUCAACAGCCUUUUGUUUGCUUUACAAGCUUUGGACUUUACGAUUAACGGUAAAACAAAUUAAUGGUUUGAUUCAACAUACCGAUUCUCCACAUAUACGCGCGUUGGGAUUUCUUUACCUUCGUUACGUAU